AUGGCUACCUUUAAAAACACUCUCCUAUUUGUGGUAAUACUCUUGGCCCUUCAUCUGGAGGCCUCGAAAAUCGCCUACAAGAAACCACUUUACGGCAAGACCAACUUCAUCAAGGACAAGCGAUUGAAAAGCAAACCCAUCAAGGAAGGAACCACUACCUCCAGCACCACGUCUACGAGCACUUCCACUAGCACCACAACCACUAGCACCACCGAAGAAAACUGGCCAGCAGCUGCUCCUGUAGAGUUUGUGAUUGUAACCACACCCAAAGCUAUCCUCGAUAGCACUACCGAAUGGCUUGGUAGGAAUGGAAGUACAACGGAAAUUUUUAGUUCAACUCCGGAAACAGGAUCCACAAAGACCGAAGGAGAAUCUUCUGGAGAGGAGGUGGGAGUACCGCCGCAGGCAGAGUCCUCCAAUGAAGCGUCCAGUACUAUCCCCAUGAGCACCACCACUUCGAGUAGCUUGAUCAAUACGAUUCCUUCGCCACUACCGACUCCUGAAUCUGUCCAGCCGCAGGAUAAUCAACCUGUUCCCUGCACCUGCGGUGUCUUUCUGUCCUCGCAGAUCCAGAAUGGCUUGCCCACUGCCCCGUUGAUUCACCAGGAGCUGGACAGGAUGUUUCCAUGCAAUGCCAUUGGUCGGAAACAGUGCCAAACAAAGUGCUUAGAAGCGAUCGUCCAGCACUUGCCCAACUCCGCCAAUAUAGUCUGCUCCGCUUUGGGCCACGAUUGUCACAAGGAGCGGGCCUAUCUGUUUAUCAAAAACUGUCACAACCAAUGGGUUAAUACCAAUCUGCAGGCUGGCAGGGAAUACUGUUGUCGGGGUGGAUUACCCUACCGUUGCCCACUGAUGGGUUAA